AUGAAUAUAAUUUAAGUUAUUUUUUUGCAUAAAGUAUUGCUUUAUUAAAAUCAACAAAAAAUUAGAAUAACUUAUUUUAAAGAAUCAAUUAUGAAAUCGAAUUUAUAAUUAGAUUAAUAAUCCCAGACACUCAAACUUCAACUUUUUAAAUAAAUAAUUCUGAUAUUAAGAGAGGAAGAAGAUGACGAACAUGAAAAGUAAGAGGAUGAACCAAUUCAUAAAGCCAUAAUCAUUGUUAUAUCCUUAUGUUUAGGAUUAUUAAUUAUUGGAAUAAUUGUAUGCCUAUGUAAAUGUUUGUAUUAAAGAAUUAAACAAAAAAGAAUAGCUUAGGUUCGUCAAUUUAAUGAAAUUUAAUUUUAAUAGUAAAAUAUUUAUUUAGAAACAUAAUGUUUGUAUAAUAGAGAAUUGGAAGACUGUCCAAUUUGUUUAAUGCCAAUUCCUAGUUUUUUAUUAAUAUCUACAUCUUGCAAUCAUAAAUUUCAUAAGGUUUGUUUAGCUUUAUGGUUGUAAGUCGACAAGAUAUGUCCAACUUGUAGGAUGCCUAUUUCUUAAUGA